CACCCAUCCAUGUGAGGCAGACAGUCGCUUGCAUUAAGCGAACUGGUCCUGAUUGAUUCAAGUUCUUUCCUAAUGGGCAAGAAGAGGAAGAGACCCCUUAAGGGUGACCGUGCGCUGGACAGGCUGUCGCAGCCAUGCACCUCUCCAGCAUCCACUUGUUUCAAGGGACAGCGCAGCCUGGCUCGUGAUGAUGUUGCAGGGCACUCCCAUCCAGUCAUCUCACUAUACUAUUCUCAGGUUUUAACGCUGAGACAGUACCUUCUACGCCAAAUACCCCUAUCCUCCAAAUCCCGCCGUCGGAGAAUUGUGUCAAUACGUCAUGAGCAGGCUCCUGUCGAGACCAAUGACGAUGGUGGCUCAGGACAACUUGCUAGAUUUCUUGAUACGACGCUGAUAGGCAUAUUGACCGACUCGCAUCCGACAUGCAACGAAAAGCGCCGGCAAGAGCUAGCUGCAUUUACGCAGUCGCAGUCCAGAUCUGAACAAACCAGCACGGACACUGGACCAGCAUGUGCUCAGGCAGAGCUUGUAGAUUUCGUCAUAUCCUCUCUGUUCAGUCGUGACAAAUUCUCCCGUCAAAGGCCCCUUCAUCUAUUGACACGGGGCUUCAGACGUGAGAGCGUGCAUCCUGCUCAUAGGAAGCGAACGAUCUCAUGCAGUAUCUCAGGCCUCGAGGUGCAGUUCCCUAAUGACAGUGUUCAGCAACUGAAGCGGGCGCCAUGGACAGAAGUGCUUGGUUUGUUGGGAGGCAACGGAGAAGAGAUCAUGCUAAAACUUCUCCUGGAUUGUGGAAUAUUUGUGGCCGUUGAUCAGCAAAGAGGAAUUUAUUUCCAAUUAAGUGGACUCCCUCUAUCAACACUUGAACCUGUAAACAAGGUGCCUCAGAGCCAUUUGGCUCCAAAAUGUGCACUUUCCUCUGUGACAAGCAACCCUGUACCAGCGUCUGAUCGCAAGGAGACGAGAAUGAAUACAAGCACUUCUGACUGCAAGCCGACCACACAGAAGCCAUCUCCUGUUGUCUUCCAUCGCCGACGUAUUCUGUAUGCUUCUCCAGUGCUUGAUUCGAAAGGAAAGAUACAGUUUGGGAUGAAGAGUCCCGUUUCCCUUCUUCCACAUCGCUCGCACACACUACUCAUGUGUUGAAAUACAUAUUUCCCAAACAGUUUGGCUUGCACAAUGUCUUCUCGAGCGUGCCGAAUGGACAAGAUAUAUUCAAAGAUUAUGCUUAUCGCGAAGAUGAGAUUGCAAAAUUAGAGAAGACGAAGCGAGCCCGUUCACACUCAGAUAUCACGAUCC